AUGAUGUCAUCAGAACAGCCAUGCUGGGUCUCCCCUUUCAGUUACACAGAGGGAGGGAGCCUGUGUGUUACAGAGGGAUAAGGGGAGAGGGAGGAUAAUGUGUGUGUGGCCAAGGAAAAGGCAGGGUGUUUAAGAGUGAGAGAGGACAGAAGCAGAAGUUUUGAGAAAGACUAGUUUACUAGAGGGAGAAGUGUGAGCGAGAGGAACGAAGGCUACGGAGAAAAAUAGGAAUACAGAAAGGGAGAGGGAGAGAGGGACAGAAACAAAGUUAUAGCAGCUGUUUCAGACCAUCAGAGAGCGGACUGAGCCAAAGGGAACAAGAGAGAGUUUCUGUGUCAUGGGCAAAUCAGCUUCUAAGCAGUUUUCAGAGGAGGUGUUGCGGAGUCAUAAUGAGUAUCGUAGGAAGCACCAGACACCCCCUCUGAAGCUGAGCAGCAAGCUGAGUAGCGAUGCCACUAGGUAUGCUGAGUCUCUGGCCAGCACACGGAUCCUGAAGCACAGUGUUGAGUCCAGUAAGGGGAGCUGUGGCGAGAACCUGGCCUGGGCCUCCUAUGACCAGCCAGGGAAGGAUGUGGCUGACCGCUGGUAUGACGAGGUCAAACAAUACAACUUCAACCGCCCCGGCUUCUCCUCUGGCACAGGUCAUUUCACAGCAAUGGUGUGGAAGGGCAGUAAGAAGCUGGGUGUGGGGAAGGCCAGUGCGCCAGAUGGCUCGUCAUUCGUGGUAGCCAGGUACUUUCCAGCAGGGAACAUCACCAACCAGGGACACUUUGACAACAACGUCCUGCCGCCCAAGGACUAAGGAACAUACUGACCCAUCCAAAAGACAUUUGCACUUUGACUUGUGACCUUGACUUAUAUAUGUGUGUGUGACAACCACUGUGACUUAACAAAUGCAUGAACAAAAAUAUAGGCACACCAUUGACCAAACCAUGCCAGCUGUGUCUUCCGGAGGUGUACCAGUCACCCAACUGGGUUUCGACCUACUCAUUCCAUCGUUAGUGGGGGUAGGGAUUUUACACAUAGUAAAAUCAUUUCUGGUUUAAAAAAAAACUGGUACCAGUCAAAAGUUUGGACACACCUACUCAUUCAAGGGUUUUUCUUUAUUUUACUAUUUUCUACAUUGUAGAAUAAUAGUGAAGACAUCACAACUAUGAAAUAACACAUAUGGAAUCACGUAGUAACCAAAAAAAUGAUAAUUAAAUUAAACAACUCGAUUAUAUUUUAGAUUCUUCAAAGUAGCCACCCUUUGCCUUGAUGCCUUUGCACUCUUGGCAUUCUCUCAACCAGCUUCACCUGGAAUACUUUUCCAACUGUCUUGAAGGAGUUCCUACAUAUUCUGAGCACUUGUUGGCUGCUUUUCCUUCACUCUGCGGUUCAACUCAUCCCAAACCAUCUCAUUUGGGUUGAGGUUGGGUGAUUGUGGAGGCCAGGUCAUCUGAUGCAGCACUCAUCAAUCUCCUUCUUGCUCAAAUAGCCCUUACACAGCCUCAAGGUGUGUUGAGUCAUUGUCCUGUGGGGAAAAAAUUUAGUCUCACUAAGCGCAAACCAGAUCGGAAGGUGUUUCGCUGCAGAAUGCUGUGGUAGCCAUGCUGGUUAAGUGUGCUUUGCAUUCUAAAUAAAUCACAGACAGUGUCACCAGCAAAGCACCAUCACACCUCCUCCUCCAAGCUUCACGGUGGGAGCUACAAAUGCAGAUAUCAUCCUUAAAACCUAUUCUGUGUCUCACAAAGACAUGGCGGUUGGAACCAAAAAUCUCAAAUUUGGAUUCAUCAGACCAAAGGACAGAUUUCCACCAGUCUCAUGUCCAUUGCUCAUGUUUCUUGGUCCAAGCAAGUCUCUUCUUGUUGGUGCCCUUUUUAGUAGUGGUUUCAUUGCAGAAAUUUGAUCAUGAAGGCCUGAUUCAUGCAGUCUCCUCUGAACAGUUGCUGUUGAGAUGCGUCUUGAGCUCUGUGAAGCAUUUAUUUGGGCUGUGAUAUCUGAGGCUGAUAACUCUAAUGAACUUAUCCUCUGCAUCAGAGGUAACUCUGGGUCUUCCUUUCCUGUGGCAGUCCUCAUGAGAGCCAGUUUCAUCAUAGCCCUUGAUGGAUUUUGCGACUGCACUUGAAGAAACUUUCGAAGUUCUUGAAAUAUUUCUGAUUGACUGACCUUCAUGUCUUAAAGUAAUGAUGGACUGUUUCUCUCUCUGCUUAUUUGAGCUGUUCUUGCCAUAAUAUGGACUUGGUCUUUUACCAAAUAGGGCUAUCUUCUGUAUACCACCCCUACCUUGUCAUAAUACAACUGAUUGGCUCAAACGCAUUAAGAAGGAAAGAAAUUCCACAAAUUAACUUUUAAGGCACACCUGUUAAUUGAAAUGCAUUCCAGGUGACUACCUCAUGAAGCUGUUUGAGAGAAUGCCAAGAGUGUGCAAAGCUGUCAUCAAGGCAAAGAGAAUCUCAAAUGUAAAAUAUAUUUUGAUUUGUAUAACACUUUUUUUGGUUACUACAUGAUUCCAUGUAUUUUCAUAGUUUUGAUGUCUUCACUAUUAUUCUACAAUGUAGAACAUAAACACUGGAAUGAGUAGGUGUGUCCAAACUUUUCAAUGGUACUGUAUGUGUUUUAUUCAUUGUAAGCAUGAUUUAAACUGACCUGUUUUCUGAACUGAACACUUGUUUGACUAUGUUUUGUAUUUUAAUGUAAUAAAAGUGACUGUCUGUAAAA